CUUUCCAAAGCGACAUUUACAUCAUUUGGAAAGAUUUACGCCUGCUCGUAUAAGAUGAGUGCUGGCAGGAAGGUCACUAUUGUAUUGGCGGUGGAGAUUUUAGGAAAACGACCUUCGCUGUGGAUACAUGUCGUCGAAGCAGGUUAAAGGUUCCAGAGGUUCUUGGAGUAUACAGACGUGUGCUCUGCUGCACCUGUAACCCCACCCAGCUGUGAUGUCACGGUGUACUGGCGCUUCCUGGAGUACGCCUCCGCAUCACCGCAGCGAGCAAACAGGACAGAGCCGAGCUGAGAGCGGACUCUCCGAGGAUCAGAGUCUCCGUCGCUGAGGAAAGACACCCGAAUCACAGCAGCUUCGCUGUCUGUCAGAGCAGAAUCCGCUCACAGGAUGCUGCACAUGCAGUUGAGACAUCAUCUCAGCCCACUGGUUCAUGAAGUUCCAAAGCGUCCACUGCAACCCGCUGCAAGCGCAGACAACGGAGACAAGUGCUCAGUGUCAGAGUGCGGAGGUGUCUUCGAUGCCAGCGCGGCCGGUUACAUCACCUCACCUGGUUACCCCCUGGAGUACCCACCUCACCAGAACUGUCACUGGAUCAUCACGGCGCCGGAGCCCUCGCAGCGCAUCGUGCUCAACUUCAACCCGCACUUUGAGAUCGAGAGGCUGGACUGCAAGUACGACUUCAUCGAGAUCCGCGAUGGCACCUCGGACACCGCUGACGUUCUGGGUCGACACUGCAGCAACAUCGCCCCAGCUCCGAUCAUCUCAUCUGGCCCCUCCCUCCAGAUCAGAUUCGUCUCCGACUACGCCCACCAAGGGGCAGGCUUCUCUCUGCGCUACGAGAUCUUCAAAACAGGGUCAGAAUUCUGCUUCCGCAAUUUCACCAGCCCGUCCGGUAUGAUCGAGUCCCCGGGGUUCCCGGAUAAAUACCCACACAAUCUGGAGUGCUCCUACAUGAUCAUUGCCCCGCCCCACAUGGACAUCACCCUCACGUUCCUGACCUUUGACCUGGAGAACGACCCCCUGCUGGUGGGAGAGGGCGAAUGCAAGUACGACUGGCUGGACGUGUGGGAUGGUCUGCCACAAGUGGCUCCUCUGAUUGGACGGUACUGCGGGACAAAGAUCCCUCCGGAGAUCCAGUCGUCCUCCGGCUUGCUGUCCCUGUCCUUCCACACCGACAUGGCCGUGGCCAAAGACGGCUUCUCCGCCCGCUACAACAUGACGCACAAAGAAGUCACCGACUCAUUCCACUGUAGCAUGGCGCUCGGUAUGGAGUCAGGGAAGAUCAGCGACGAUCAGAUCACAGCUUCUACGUCCUUCUACGACGGCCGCUGGUUGCCACGGCAGGCUCGCCUCAACAAUGACGACAACGCCUGGACACCGUCAGAGGACAGCAACAAGGAGUAUAUUCAGGUUGACCUCCACUUCCUGAAGGUUUUGACCGGCAUUGCCACACAAGGAGCCGUUUCUAAGGAGACUCAGAAAUCCUACUACGUCACCACCUUCAAACUGGAGGUCAGCACCAACGGAGAGGACUGGAUGGUGUACCGACAUGGCAAGAACCACAAGAUCUUCCACGCCAACACAGACCCAGCUGAGGUGGUUCUGAACCGGGUCCCACAGCCGGUUUUGGCCCGGUUUGUUCGCAUCAGACCGCAGACCUGGAGGAACGGCAUCGCUCUGCGCUUCGAGCUCUACGGAUGCCAGAUCACAGAUGCUCCGUGUUCAGACCUGCAGGGCAUGCUCUCCGGCCUGCUACCUGAUGCGCAGAUCUCAGCCUCUUCCAGCAGGGACAUGGUGUGGAAUCCUGGCACCGCCCGUCUGGUCGCCAGUCGCUCCGGCUGGUUCCCAGCCCCUGCACAGCCUCUGGCUGGAGAGGAGUGGCUACAGGUGGACCUCGGUGUGCCGAAGACGGUGCGUGGUGUGAUCACCCAAGGAGCCAGGGGAGGGGACGCCGGAAGUGGGGCCACCACGGACAACCGGGCGUUUGUUAGGAAGUACAAAGUGGCGCACAGCCUGAAUGCAAAAGACUGGAACUUCAUCAUGGACAAGAAGACCAGCCUGCCCAAGAUCUUCGAGGGGAACACACACUACGACACGCCAGAGCUGCGUCAUUUUGAGGAGACAGUGGCCCAGUACAUCAGGCUGUAUCCAGAGAGGUGGUCUCCAGCAGGGAUCGGGAUGAGAGUGGAGAUACUGGGCUGCGACCUUCCAGAAACCACCACGCCGGCUGACACAGUCGUACCAACGCUGCCUGCAGACAUCGAAACCACCACUGUCCCCGUCAUGACUACAGUAGCUACCUCUCCUCCGUCAGACAGCGUGUGUGACUUUGACCACGGCCUGUGUGGGUGGACGCACGACCCCAGCGCCCCUCUCUUCUGGUCCCUGCACAGCCACGAGCUCAACAGCUACCUGUACAUGGACGCCGGCCUGAAGACGGAGCAGCAGCGAGCCCGGCUCAUCAGCCCCGUCGUGGCGGCCGAAACCGGGCCCCUCUGCCUCCUCUUCUCCUAUCAGCUGUGGGGUGAGGCCCAGGGCCACCUGAAGGUUCUGCUGCGUGACGCCCACAACGAGGAGACCCUGCUCUGGACACUGAAGGACGACCAGGGCCCCGUCUGGAAGGAGGGUCGCACUAUUCUGCCGCGCUCACCUAAAGACUUCCAGGUGGUGAUGGAGGGUUUCUUUGUGCACGGCACCAGAGGACACAUCUGGAUAGACAACAUCCACAUGAGCUCGAGCACUCCUCUGAAAGAGUGUACACAACCCUUCGCAGCUUUUUCUCCUGAAAAUCCAGGGGGAGGCGUUCCUGUGCCUCCCUUGCCCAUCCACUGGUAUUACAUUAUGGCCGCCGGGGGCGCCCUCCUUCUCCUGGCGGUGGCCAUCUUGGUCAGAGCGCUCUGUUGCUGUCGACAACACCUGGCCACCAAGAAGAGCCAGCUGUCAGUGGCCUAUCACAGCUCCUCGCAGUGCUUCCAGUAUUCUAACUGGUCUUCCAGUAUGGCCACCCCAGGGGUGGAGCCAGUCCUGACAGUGAGAUUGGACAGCCGGGACCGACACCGUACCCUCUGCUGAAAAGAAGCACUUAGCUGCGUUGUGUUUGGCAGAGGAGGACACCAACUUGUGAUGUCAGUGGCAGUGUGUGUCAUGAUGAAGAUUUGACAGAACAUCCUCUUGAUGAACUCCUCUCUCCUUUAGUUUACAGUUGCAGGGGUGAUGAUGAUGAUGCCAAGUGAAAAUUUGCAAAGAAACACUGUGCUCUCUCUCUCUCCGUCUCUAAAGGACGUAGCUUCGGUUGCUGUUUUUUUUUUUUUUUUUUUUGUUCCAUUAAGGAGUUUGCUGUUGACAUUUCACACUAUGCUGCUCCUGAUGAGAGGACUGAAGUCUGAGUAAGUUAUUUAUCUGAACAGCUUGUUUCGGACCAUUGAGCGCCGUCUGGCUCCUCAUAACCCCAACGGUCCUCCUGGAAUGACCCCAGCAUGGACAUACACACAGACAUGUGUGGGCUGGGAAGAGGAGGGGGUCGAGCUGGUUCCACUGCGAGAGCCAGCCAGAGCUGCCAAACCACAGGCUAAAACAAGCCCCCGGAGACACGAGGAGCUCUGCAGUGCCGAGAGAGAGGAGAAAACUAUUAGGCUGAGAGGCGUUCAUUGUGCUAGCUGUGGAAAUGAUCUGGCGAGCCCCGCAAAAUAAAGCUCUUGGUAUCUCUGUAAUAACAACACGAGAUAUCUGUGAUAUGAGUUGUACCAGUAGUGAGGCUGUUGUAACGCAGGAGAAAAAAAUCCUUCCACUGUCCUUUUCAACAGAGCUUGUGCACAUUUAAAAACAAAGGAAUGCAAAUCCAUCAUACUUAAAGUCCUGCAUCACAAAUGGAGAUAACCAGCUCGUUUGAUUGAACGUCUUGUCUCCUCCUGAUAAAGGCAUCAGUCAGUGAUGGAUGCAGCCGUCUUCAGUGUUUAGUGUUUCAUCUUGAUUCUCCGGCGUAAUAAAGCACGUUGUUCCACUCCCAUUUAUGCUUCAUACCACCCACUCCCAUUGUUCCCCAUGUCUGCAAGCUGCCCAGAUGAAAGCCGAGCCGAGCCAAGCCGUACUGUGUUUUCAGUGUGAAUAUGUGCUUGUUGUUUUUAGGGUUGUAAAUAGACACAGCUGUCUGCCAUCACCACUGCUUUCUUGAUUUAUACUCCUACAAAUCCCACAAUGCCGCUGCAACAGCUGGAAGCCAUAAGUGCGUGUUUUGCUGUAUAUGUGCACCCUUGAGAUGGAUCCAAGACAUUAUGAGAACCAGAGCCGAGCUCCAACUGUUGAUAUUUCUUCCUUUAGUGCCAUAAGACGCCAUGAAUGGCUAUUAAUAUAAAAUAAGACAUAACUAAUGCACUUCUUACUAAUAUCUAACAUACCUGGGAUCUGAAAGCCUAUUUUAUUGUGAAAUUUCUCAAAAUUCUGACAGAGAAAGACAAAUUGGUGCCAGUUUCUCUCUCAUCAGUUGGUGCAGCUGUGGUGGUGAGAUUUGACUCGAGCUCAGUUUAACACCCUGGAUUGAAUGAAAUUGAGGGUCUUUACUCCGUGGCUUAGCGGGGCGUGCUCUCGUGAUCUGUCACACCAGCAAAAAUCCAUCAGCUACUACACCGCAGCUCAGCAGAAUGCACCGCAGUUUGUUGCCACGAUUUGGAAGCUGCGCUUUCCUCUCCUGAGUAAAAAAAGGUGUUUUUUGGCAUGCUCUCACUCUGUGCUCUUAAAUCAACUUGGGGAGGAGGGAUUGGACAUCCUGCCUCUUCCUUCUCGACACUGUUACGCUCCAAGCCUCUAAUAGUUGUAAUUAGUUAAUGGACAGAUAACAUUUAUGAAGGCUGCGGUAAGCACUUUUCCCUCCCAUCUACCGCACCUCCGUCGCCCAAUCUGCUGCCAACUUCAGUUGCCCUGGAAACGGUAUUAAUAACGCCAUUGGCCAUCAAAGACCUCCACAUCUAGACGUGUGCCUUGCCAAGCAGUUACUACCACUCCUGAAUUCUUGCCAAGAGCAGCGAGCGCAAACACACAUAGACACAAAUGCGCACACACACACACAAAGUGAAAAGAAAACUCAUCUGAAGUAUAAGUACACUCGAGCCAUUGGGCUCAACUAAAGUGCUGCAGCCACUGCUAGUUUUACCACACUUGUAAUCUUCCCUAUUCAGACACUUGCAUACAUAUCAAUUUUCAGUUCGCCUGGCAGUGUCGUGAAUUUCACCGACUGUCACCGGCACUUCUUAAAUGUUGACCGUUGUUGCCAUUAGUUUUUUUUUUUUUCCUGAUCAUCUUAUGCACCACUCUUAAACUUGACAGAAAUAGUGUCGACGAUUUUAACGGUGAUAAUGAUGAGUAAUUAUUUGAUGAUGACAUGUUUGCAUCUUUAUUCACAUGGAAUGAACAGUCUUAUACCAUCAGUAUGUUAUGUGAUGACUGUGUGUUUGA